GUGUGUGUCUGUGAUUGCUCUGUGUGGCUAGCCGUCGCCGUCAGUCGUCAGUCACUACAGUUAGCUUAUUCCAGUAGGAUGAAUCCGACCCAUUGAUUUCAGAUCGCAUAUCAACACGACUGUUACACUAAACAAACAAAAUAUCUCAACGUGCAUUAAGAGUACGUCGAGAUACGACGUGACUCGUCAUAUUUUCUGAUAAAAAUUGGCGUGUGUACAUACUGCUGUCAAUACCGGUAGUGUAACACGAGAUACGCCCACACGACACGUUCAGUGGAUUUAUUUCAGUAUUUCAGUGAGAGAACGAGUGUACAGAAAGAUCUGUGAUCCGAGAUAGAAGAAUUUAAUAGAAAAGUGCUAUUUUUAUUUGAAUCAGCUGAGUGGUGGGCCGUGACAUUUGGUAAGAGCCACUUCUCUUCCCUUCUCGUCUCGAUUAAAUGGAACGUAACUAUCGUUAGGCUUCGGAUUUUUCUGUACACGUGCCGAUUCGCGCACGUGUGUAUUUGUUGAAUAAAAUUGAAUCGCAUCGAGUAAGGAAUGGGAAUCGACGGUAUAAGAGUCGGAGGAGCACGAUGUCCUCCUCUUCUCGGAAUUGUACUCUUCUGCACUUGUAUAGUAGUUACUUUCAACUGGUGGACCUUGGCUAACGAGAACUUCGAACUGUGCAAACAGAACGACGAUCUGAACGAACAGCUAAAAAACAGUGCUGAAGAAAGGGAUCAGUGUGUUACAUUGCGUAGCAAUGUAGAGCAAAGAUACAAGCAUGCAGAGGAAGAAGUGGCUUCGUUGCAUGUAAAGUUGGAACAGCAGAAUGAGCUCAAAAGGAAAAAUGACGAACUAGACGAUAAUCUUAACAUAUGUAGGAGCGAACUGGAUUCGUUGAAUAAAUUGGAUGCUACCAAGACUGCAACAUUGGAGACACUGAGAUUGGAGAAGGAUAACUUCAAUACACAGCUGGAUGUAAAGAGGGACGAGAAUAAAAAACUGCAGCAAGAGAUAGAACAGCUGAAGGAUGAGCUCGAUAAAGCUAAACUUUCAUGUAGUCCUACGCCUUUAAAGAAAAUUGAUACCAUUUCUCAACCUACAAGACCGAUAAUUAACAAGAGUCAGUUGGGCCCUGUUCCGGUAUCAGCUGUAAAAAUAUCCUUAGCUGGCCAACGUGGUCUGAAAUACCAUGGAAUUCCAAUUCUUCCAAAAGAUCCACCCGGCGCUGUGCGCCUAAGUCCUCGCUACUCUGUUUCAAUGCUGAAAGGUAGUGAUGCUUUUCUCCUACUUCAGGGGAAAAGGAGAUUGUCACAAAACUAAGACGGCACUUACGCAGCUACUCUGUACAGAAGUCAUUGUAUUUUUGAUGCAUUUAUUAUAUCAGACUUCCGUUCGUAUAAGUCGAAUAGGUUUUCUAAUAUGUACAUUGCACCGCUUCUCUACCUAACACAUAGAAUGAAUUAAGAUAUAAACGAAGAGACAUAAUUUUUUAUAUAAUAUGUGAACAUGUUACUCUAAGUUAAAAAUCAAUGAAGAAUGAAUUGUAGAGUGUGAUCAUUUUAAAUUGUAGCAUCGGCUUUAAUUCGAAUACAAAUUUAUUGAUUAUAACGAACACUUUUAAUUUAUUUAGUUGUAAUACUUGCUCUUGCGUUUCAUUCAAUGUAUGUGUAUGGAAUAUACUAAGAAAUAAAAAUUACAUGUGUCACUGUC